GUUGUAUGCUAGUGUUGCCCAUCCCUACGACGGAGCCACCUUUUAUUUAUACGCCUGGAAAAAAUCAAUAACAAAUGUCACAACUUUUCAUUACAAAAUAACAAAGAAAAAUCGAACUAUUCGCUUAUACCAUUUUCUGUGCUUGGGGUAAAAACAAAGUAAAUGCCGUCGACCUAAGCCUGUGUUUAUCAGUCACUGGAGAUAAAUUUAUCGACAGGAAUAAUUGUUUAUCUACCUGUGACCCACUAAUUCACAUAACAGUACAGGUCACCGUGUGAUCACCGAUCCAAACAUGAAUAUCAAAAUGCCGGAGUUUGAUGUGAAGAAGUUUGUAAAAGGAGCAGGUUCUACGCUCUCACGAGUAGUACAGCUCACCGAAGAGAAACUUGGGACGUCGGAAAAAACCGAGAUGGAUGCACGCUUCGAGCAUUUAAGUGAACGGUCCGACUCUGCAAAACUCUGGACGGAAAAGAUUAUGCGGGACACGGAGACGGCGCUCAUACCCAAUCCGGCCAAUCGAAUGGAAGAUUUCAUAUUUGAGAAGAUCGAAAAACAAAAACCAAAGCGCUUGAGUAACCUAGAAUACUUAGGAUUGGAUAUGAUCGAAGGUGGCGGUGAAUUUGGACAAGAUGGUCCGUACGGAAGUGCAUUGAUCAAGGUGGGGCAAGCAGAGCAGAAGCUGGGCUCAUGCGAACGUGAUUUCAUUGGUUCUGCGGGGAUGUGUUUCAUUCAGCCAUUGAAAAAAUUUCUUGAAGGGGAAAUGAAAACUAUCACUAAAGAGAAGGGCGUGCUGGAGAGUAAACGCUUGGAUUUGGAUGCAUGCAAAAAUCGGGUCCGUAAAGCACGCAGCAUGAUUGGUCAGCAAGCGAAGGAUGGAAUAUCACCAGAAGUGACAUUAGAACAGGCCGAACGAGAUCUGCGAGUGGCACAAUCCGAGUUUGACCGACAGGCGGAAAUUACGAAGCUACUGCUCGAAGGCAUUAGUACGACGCAAGCAACCCAUUUGCGCUACCUGCAUUCGUUUGUUGAGGCUCAAGUGCGAUAUUAUGGCCAGUGCAAUAAGAUAAUGUCAGACUUGCAGCGGGAGCUUGUCAGUCUUGGUGGCCCGCAGCCGUACGUUCCAGUGUCUGGUUACGAGGAAGACGAUGCGCUUGCCGGGCGAGUAAACAACAUCGAAUUGGGCGCCAAUUCAGGAUACCGUCGGGCCCGCGUGCUUUGCUCGUAUGACGCCAAAGACGGCACGGAACUGAAUCUCACAUCAAACGAGGUUAUAUUUGUUUGCGAGUGUAACCCAUCAAAUAGUGAUUACAUGAAUGGAAAGCAGGGACUACUGAAGGGAUUGGUACCGAAAGCAUUCCUCGAGAUGUUGGAUGACGAUUAAAGUAUAUUCACCGGUGAGAUUCCGAUGGUUAGCUUGUCACUGGAAUUGCGGUACUAAUUGCCACUGUGUUUAGGGCUUAUUUAAGACAUUGUAGCGUCACAAUGCAUUGUUUGUUACUUUACUGUAGGAUUAUAAUUCGCUUGCCACAGAUUUUGUCAAUAUCAAAUUGAUUUACAGUAAAACCAUUACAUGAGUUCAUAAGACGGGCUAAGCAGAUAGACGAGGAGAGCAUAUAAUUGUGAAGUUUGAGGAUUCAUAUUUGGAUAGUUCCGUAUCGUAGAUUGAUUUCCAUUGUUAGUUGUGUUUUAUGUUAUUUACAUGUGAAGUCUGAAUUUACUGGUUCAUAAAUCUGCGUGCGUCGUCCAUCGAAUGAAAUAAGCUAUUUCGAGUGAGUACUUUUCCUAGUUCUUCUCCCUACAGGGUGAUUAAUGAAUCUAGAAACAAGGUUGCGUAUAGUAUACAGUUGAGCGCACUCUAUUUAAUAAUACUCAUUUUUUGCUGCUCAAUUUUGUUUUCGUAAUAAAUAGAUCAGUUUAGCAAUGUGUUUGAACCAGUACGUGUGGUCAAUUAUUAGAAGAGGAGACAAGCUUCACACAAUAGUGUAACCAGGGUGUGUGGUUAACCGGUUUACCAAAAGGCGCUUUUCCCAUUAAAUGCAUUCCUUUCAAGAUUAAAAAAAAACUAAACACAACAUUGUUCCACGAUCGCUACGAACAGCUGUUUGCAGAAUCUAUAGUAGGAGGCGUAAGCGAUACCCAAUUCAAAAAAAAACUUUGUCAAGGAUCAAAAUGUAACCUACUUGAUCAAUUGCUGAAGGAUCGUUAGUAUAAACAUCCCAAAUUUUCCAACAUGUUGUGCAUCGUUUGGAUUUUAAAAUACUCUUCUCUUAGCACGCUAACCAUUUCUUCCACCCUAAUCCAACGAAACCCGUUGUACCUAUAACGUCGCUUCAUGAAUUAAAACAUUACUCAAUAAUCUCAACAGACGCUAAUUUAAAUAAUAACUGUUGCUACUUGAGGUAAAACAAAAUGCCAGGCCAGGCAAGGCCAGAUAUGAUAAAUAGUCAGAUCAUUCGCCGUUAUAGUAUAAGCAAAUAAAAAAGACGUUAUCUAAACACGAAAUACGUUUUGCGAAGAUCGAAAUGCGCUUUACAUUAUAAAACAUAGGAUAUAUAAAUAAAGUCAAUUUCGCGAUUGAUGUUAUUGUUAACAUACCUAUCAGGUAUCUGUGUUUUGCUGGUUCGACUGCUAAAAAACAUCAACACCUUACAAAAGUUACUAAUUGAACAAUAAAAGAAGUUAUGAAUAAUAUGAUUCGUUUGAAUAAAGACACGAGUAAACAAA